GUGCACUCUGGGAAACUACUAACUCGACAAACCGCCAUCUUUCUUUUUAGAGAGUUAGCAGGGCAAAAUAACAACCCGUUUUGAAUGAUCAUUUCUGCAAAACAGAAUCGUUGAAGAAAUUCCUCUUGGUCGGUUAUUGUCAAUAAUAAGUUUAAAGACUUGCGGGUGAAACUGAAUUUCAGAUAUUGCCCACGUAUCAGACAUAAGACACAGUAAUUUGGGGUAAACGCGGUACUAACGCUAGUGGAGGAGGGCAACAUGGGCCGAUCUCGGAGCCGCAGCUCGUCCCGGUCUAAACACUCCAAAAGCAGCAAGCACAGCAAGAAACGGAGCCGGUCUCGGUCGCGGUCCAAAGACAGGGAGAGGUCCAAGAAGCGGUCCAAGUCCCGAGAAUCGAAAAGGAACCGUCGCCGAGAAUCUCGUUCUCGUUCCCGGUCCACCACAGCCUCGUCCCGCAGAGAAAGACCAGCCUCGCCGCCUGAGCGCAUCGACAUCUUCGGCAGGACUCUGAGCAAGAGAAACGCACUGGACGAGAAACAGAGGAAAGAGGAGGAGGAAAGGAGGGCAGAAAUGGAAAGACAAAGGAAAAUGUCGGCUCUCAUUUCUCCUCCCAUCUGUUUCUUUCCUCCGCCCUCCAGCCGGCAGCAGGAGAUUGAGGAGAAGCUGAUCGAGGAGGAGACGGCACGGCGAGUGGAGGAGCUGGUGGCCAAGCGGGUGGAGGAGGAGCUGGAGAAGCGGAAGGACGAGAUCGAGCGGGAGGUGCUGCGGCGCGUCGAGGAGGCAAAGCGCAUCAUGGAGCGGCAGCUGCUGGAGGAGCUGGAGAGACAACGGCAGGCAGAGUUGGCAGCGCAGAAGGCCAGAGAGGAAGAAGAAAAAUCUAAGCGGGAGGAGCUGGAAAAAAUCCUAGAGGAGAAUAACCGCAAGAUUGCCGACGCUCAGGCCAAGCUGGCCGAGGAGCAGUUGCGUAUUGUAGAGGAGCAGAGAAAGAUUCACGAGGAGCGCAUGAAGCUGGAGCAGGACCGUCAAAAGCAGCAGAAGGAGGAGCAGAAAAUCAUCCUCGGCAAGGGCAAGUCCAGGCCCAAGCUGUCCUUCUCCCUCAAGGCCACCGAAUGAGACUGCUCCCCCUUCGUCCCCAAGUCCCGCCCUGCCUUCAUCCCACCCAGCUCUCCCUCCUCCAUCAAUCGACCCCACUGCUUCUCUGAGGAAUGCUCGCUUCGUUUUGGAAGUGCUGAAGGAAGGCCGAGGAAAAGGGGUGCAACCGGUGUGUGAACUUGCUGUUCCCUGUGAAAGGCCUUGAAGAGGAGGCAGCUCCUAGCCCUUGAAGGACCCGACCGCUCCUUCCAUCCUCCCUCACCCCCCACCGCACAGAUGAAUCUUGUUUGUGCUUUUUUUUCCUCCUCGGUUUUAUUUUCAUUUUUAGGGAACUCAAACUUUUGAUCAAGAAUGCUUUAACAUGUCCCUUUCCCUGAAAGUCUUAACUCUGGUGUAACAUUUAGCAACUGUGCGCCCGCGCUCUUCUUUCAUGUCUUCACAGCCAGCAGACUACAAUAGAACGCCAGUCCCUGAUGUAGACGAGUAUGUGUGACUUUGUGUAGUUCAGUCUACUGUUAAAACUCAUGUGUAGCUUGGGAGUUGGCCUGUGGUUUUCCUGUUAUUAUAUAUAUUUUUUUUAAAGGUUCUUUAAGUGGCUGACGCAGUGGUGACAAAUCACAGCGCAGCCUAUGAAAGCACAGUUAACUUCCCGUCCAGCUGACAGGUUUGUGUCUUCCACCUCAUCUAGCUUCCUUUGCCCAUAAGCUCUGUUCACCUUGUAAUCUACAGCUACUUUUAUUUCUGCUUCAGCUCUGUCUGCCAUGUAUAUAUAUUUUUUUCUAAUGGACAGCAGCAUGUCUAGCUGAGAGGAAACGUAAAGCUUGUGUUUGAUUUGAAGUCACUGCAGCGCAGGUGAACUCGGCCUCGACUCCCAAGCUGCCCAUGACUAAACCACGAAACCUACAACAGGAUAUGUGUCUGGUCUACGAUAAGGGGGCCUGUGGGGUGGUGGAGGAGAGAGAGAGGACAUUUCCUGUAUGAUGUAAUUUUAUUAGCCUUGCUGUGAUGUGCUGACUCCCACUCCUCCCCAAGUUAACAAAAAGUCACAGUAGGGGUAAACACUCGAGUUUUGUUUUAUCAGACUCUUUGGGAAAACAGGGAACUGUGGGAAAACACCCGGCCAUACAGUCCGUGUUCUGUCCCAGUUCUGUUGUAGUAAAUGAACUUGGCAAGGCGCCACACUUGGUAAGUCUUGAUUCGAAUAGGAUGGACAAGUUCAGGUAAGAUAAGGUUUGAGGUCAGCAGCAGUGAGAGAGAAUGAGUGUGAGUGUGUGUGUUUGUGUGUGUGGUUGUGGUUGUGAGUGACAGGCAGGCUGACCUCAGGUGGGUAUAUUGACUUUUUGUUAUGUUGUGGGAUUUAGAAUUUGUCAUGUAAUUUCCCCCAAUUGUCGAGGGACUGAUCAGUUCAAUAAAUCUAUUGGAGGCUC